GAGGCUAUUUGUAAAAAAAAAGAGGCAAGUUCAAGAUGCACGAGAAGUUGUAAAUCCAAUGAGGUCAAUGUGGAAACAACUAGGCAUAAGAAAGCGGUUUAGAAAUGGCAGGAAUGUUUGGAUGCCUCGUCUCAGGGCGACUGGUCACAACUGAUUUCACCCAAAUCAACGAGAAGCAAGUGGUGUUUAAUUUGCCUGACUGUGAAAGCAUCAAUCAUGUUGUUAUAUUCUUAACGGGUGUCCAACCUUUUCCUGAUGGUUUUGGUGGAUCCGUGUAUUUCUGCUGGCCAAAAAUGCAGACAAGCUGGCAUUUGCUUGGUUUUAUUUCAAAUGAGAAGCCUAGUGCAAUAUUCAAGAUUUCUAAGGUUAAACUCCUUGAGGGUGGGCAUAAUCCAUUUUCAGAAAUGUCAAACCCUGAUGAUCAUACCAUGGCACAAAUUGGGAUUUCCUUGGAACCAUUGUCAGAAAUAGCAAAUCAGACACCAGAAACAAAUUCGAUUCCAUCAGGAGUUGUUUCUUUUGUGGAGUUCACACAAAAAAUGCUUCACAGUCUUUUUAACUUUGUUGCUUCAUAUGCCACCACACAACAAAUGAUGACACCAAACCCAACAGAGAACUAUGUCCCACUUAGCGUCCUUCAAACUUGGUACACAAACUUUGAGAGAAAAUUAGCAAUGGAUCCUAACUUUUGGAAGGCCAUGUGAAGUUAGUCAUGAACUUUGUUUUAAUUUAUUCUAGCUGAAGAACUCUUUGCUCUUAUUCCUUACCAGCUUCAGGGAGUUUGUAUCUCAGCUUAUUUGCUGUACAUACUUUAAUUGACCCAGAAUAAAAAGGAUAAGUUUGUGAUUGAUUCAGUUAUGCUCAAUGAUAUUUAUUGAGUUACUACAAAAUAAUGAUAGCCUUAUAAAUACAUUUAUAUAGAAAUAGUUAGUCAAGGAGUCUAUUUGGUCUUCACACAACCAUCCCUCUUUCUUGCCGCUCCCUUCUGUCUUUGUCUAAUCUUCAUUCAUAUAUUUUUAUUUCAAUUGAAAGAUUUACAGAAGCUAUUGUGUGUAACUUAUCUAGUUUGAUUUCAAUUUAAAAAGAAAAACAAAGAAUCAUAGAUCAAAAUCACUCUAUACACGUUUGAAUAUAUGCAGAACUACAUUCGUGAAAUAACUGUGUGGUAUGGGUAAAACAGGCAUUGCCACAACAUAAGAAAUUUUAUUUAGGCUAUUACCCUCCCAUUUAUUCACACCUGUUGUUUACACUCGCCAGUAUAAAGUUUUUUAUUAAAUUUUUUUCAUGAUUUUAAGUAAUUAUUUUCAUAUAUCAGUUUAGCACAAACAUACAACAACUUUUUGUUUAAUUUUUUUAAUUCUGAUUUGAUUUUUGGUAGAGUUUUUAAAUUCUCUCAUUGAGAUGUGCAGAGAUAUUUGUUUAAAAGUAUGUCUGCAGCUCUAUUUGUUAUGUUAAUUUUUAAAUAUCCAUACAAAUUUUUAUUCAA